GGUGAAGGCUGUGUCAAAGCUGUGUGCGCCAUUUCAUGCUAUGGUAUGGUUAGCAAAUUUCAGUCUUUGUGAUUGGUUACCUGCAUGAAACGAGCCUGCUCCGUCCAAUGGAGUUGAGCUGAUUAUGCUUGAUUUGGAAGUUUGUAUGAAAGAGUAAAUUCAGUCCCACGACUAAAGUUAUCUCAUUGUUGCGCCAUAGCAUGCUUGGAGCGUCUUCAUAACUAUUAUACUUGUGGCAUGAGAUUCCCCUGCAUGCCAAUGCCGUAGGCUAUUUAAAUGCUGGCCCCUUCAGAUUUCUACUGUCAUUCAGGAGUUCAGAAAAGAGUACAAUCACCAUCAUGUCUCAGAUCAUUACCGUUUUUGGCGCCACUGGCACUCAGGGAGGUUCCGUCAUCAAGAGUCUCCUUCUUGACCCGUCAUUGUCAAAGGAGUUCAAAAUUCGUGGGGUUACACGAGACGUCUCAAAGCCAGCUGCAGAGUCGUUGGCCAAGUUGGGGGUCGAGGUCGUAAAGGGCGACCUAAGCUCGCCAUCAUCCGUUGCUGCGGCAAUCAAGGGCUCUCAAAUCGUCUUCCUCGUGACCAAUUUCUGGGAGACGAUGAUACCCGAGGUGGAGAUCACUCAAGGCAAGAACGUUGCCGAUGCAGCCAAAGCAGCCGGCAUCUCUCACCUCAUCUUCUCUUCGUUGAUCGGCGUGUCUAAGGCCACGGACGGCAAAUUCAAGAACGUGGCACAUUUCGACGGCAAAGCCGAGAUUGAGGAGUACAUCCGCGGCACGGGCGUCCCCUCCACUUUCUUCCUCCCUGGAUACUACAUGGCCAACUACACUCAACUUCUGAACAAGAAUGAGGACGGGUCCUACACGCUAGCCUACCCCGUGAGCGGGGAUACAAAAUUCCCGCUCCUGGACGCAUCCGCGGAUACUGGCAAAUUCGUCAAAGCCAUCAUCAAGAACCGCGAGAAGCUGAUCGGUAAACAUAUUCUGGGUGCUACAGACUACUACACUCCUGAGCGAAUAGUGGCAGAUUUUUCACAAGUCACGGGCAAGAACGCAACCUUCGUGCAGCUUACCGCUGAGGAGUACACUGCAGUCCUGCCACCGAUGUUGGCAUCGGCGUUGUUGGAGAGCCACUUGUUCAUUGAGAACCCUGGGUAUUUCAAGGGUGAGAGUCUAGCGGAGAGUCUAGCAAUUCUGGAGGAGAAGCCUACAACUUGGAAGGAGUUUGUCAAGGGAGCACCGGCUUUCAAUUAAGCACCACAGAACUGAGGGAUAUGAGGAAGAUGAGGAGUCUUCUUUACCUUUUUUAUAUUUUGUCUGGCGGCGGAGAGUCUGCUUUGGGUUUGGGAAUUGUAUCCUAUAUUCAUAAAUCAUAUAUCUCAACGCCGCUUUUGAGGUUUGUGAC